AUGUUGCCCACGAUUCUCGUCCUGCUUACCCUGUCUGCUGCUUGCUCUGGCGCCCUGCACAAGUCCCAUAGGCGUGGAACCGUCACCGUCAAGGCGUUCAAUGUAGCUAGCAUCACUGCAUCUAUGGUUCCUUUCUUCCAGCCCAUUCUUCCGGGUCAUAACAACAUCGCGGUCCCGGUGCACGCCUUUCUCAUCGAGCACGAGUCUAACGGGAAGAGGGAACGCGUCAUGUUUGAUCUUGGAGUGCGCGCUGACCCGCAUAAUCUCGCGCCGACUGUCGCAACCCUGGUGAAGGAUGGGGUGUAUACUAUCGCCCCGUUUGGACCGAUCACAGAGCAGUUGGAAGACAGCGGUGUUCAUUUGAGCAGUAUGAGCAGUUGGAACGUUGAGCUGGAUGUAGCCACUCACACUUUGAUCAUACCGGAGAUGUCUUUGUGGCCGCAGAGCACCAAACUGCUGAUCGGACCGGCCACGAAUACCAGCACGUAUCCUCAAUACCCACAUGCAGAGCUGCUCGAAACCGAUUUCGCUGGUCGCGAGAUACUGAAGCUCAACUUCAACUCGACCUUUAGUAGUCUGGCCGCAUUCGAUUAUUUCGGCGACGGAAGUCUCGUCCUAAUUGAUACGCCUGGACAUCACCCCGGACACAUCACAGCGCUUGCGAGGGUGACGGAGAAGACGUUCGUCCUCCUCGGCGCCGAUGCGUGCCAUCACGUAGGCCAGUUGCGGCCUCGAUCGGCAUUUCAGAAAGCGUACCCUUGCCCCGCGCAGCUCAGUCAAGGUGUCUCGACGGACUUUUUCUGGUCUCCGGACAGCCAGCUCGGUGACUUCGAUAUCGCGUCGAGAUCAGAAUCGCUGCUAUCUGUUGCGGACCUGCCUAAUUCCGUGCACGGUGAUCCUCCCGCAGCACGUGUAUCAAUCGACAAGCUGGCUAAAUUUGAUGCCCUUGAGGAUGUCCUGGUCGUCUUGGCCCACGAUCAGACUCUGCCAGGGGUUCUCCCAUAUUAUCCGCAGUCCCUGAACGAAUGGAAGAGGAACGGAGUGAAGGAGAGGCUCGCAUGGAGAUUUUUAGAAAAGCCUAGUCCUGGGCACUGCGCGACGCAUCAAAUCCGAGUAAUCCUCAUCUCUGGCAUCGUCAUCACCUCUCUUUUCUACCCAGCACUAGCGCUGUACUUCAAUAACGACACCUUGUCCUCCUUUUCGCGGCCGGUCUCGCUCUUCGACGUCACACGGAAUCCGCAAGAUCUUCUGGAUGUCUGGUCCGGACAUGACUCGCUACGAGUGCUGGGGGACACCGUUUCUCGGGCCAAAACACACGCCAGCUGUGGAUCUGACAACGCACUUCGGGUCGAGCGCAUCUUCAUCCAGAGCUCGUUUGAUGGUGCCGUAAACCAUCAAAUUUUGCAAUCCACCUAUGAUCUGGAGCGGCGGAUAGAGGAACUCCAACUCGGCUGCUUGGAGCGACCGGAUGCUAGCAACGGAGAAUGUUUUGUGCUGUCACCCCUGGCGUUCUGGGGCUACAAUGAAGCGACCCUGCGUGAAGACCACAACAUCCUUGACACUCUGCUCACACGGAAUGCCUCGGUGUCCGGCAUCCCAAUCACUCCGCAGAUGGUUCUAGCUGGCCGUGGUUCCGACGAUCAGGGAACGAGCGGGACUUUCGAUUACGCAGCGUUCCUGGCGCUGACUUAUUUCUUCCCCAAUUCGGACUGUCUGGGAACUGCGGAACACAUUGCUUGGCUACAGGCGCUUGACGUGGCUAGUGCGGGCGCCCCGAGGACGAUGAGCCUCAAGAAGCAUGUGGAGCCGACCCUGAUCCAGCUCGAGUAUCAUGAAAGCCUCAAGCUUGGCAAGGAAUGGACGGCCCUUUCCACCGUUUUGUAUCUCGCAUACGGGGCUUUUGUUGUCUAUGUGUCGUGGUCCAUGAGGCAAAUGGAUGCAGUCCACUCUCGGGUCGGAUUGACCUUCACUGCGCUGGUGGAAAUUGCGGUCAGUACGAUAACAAGUCUGAGUGUCUGCGCGUUGGUCGGAUUCAAAGUGACACUUGUUCCCUGGGAGCUUCUCCCUAUUGUGAUAGUCUUCGUCGGCGCUGAGAACAUGUUCAACCUGGUUGGCGCUGUCGGCAAGACCUCUGUCACCCUUUCGGUUAAACAGCGUAUCGCAGAGGGCCUGAGCCACGCCGGAACCUCGAAUACCUUGAAAGUUGUCUCGUACAACAGCAUUCUGGGAAUCAUCUCCGUCUUUUCGACUGGCGCCAUCCGCCAGUUUUGUGUAUUUGCUAUUGUCGUGCUGGUGGCCCACUGGUUUCUUGCGCACACAUUCUUCAUGGCUGUUUUGUCGAUUGAUAUCCAACGACUGGAGCUUGAUGAUUUGUUGCGCCAAAACCCCAGCCUGGCACCCGUUGUACCCAAGGACGUUGCUUUCAAACAGUCGCAUUCUCCCCGAGAGAAAGUUGUCGCCGUUAUCCAAAAACUUUUGCAUGGCCGUGCAACGAAGAACAUCAGUCUGUUUAUGGUGCGUAUCUGCACCAAUGCAUCGAUUCCAUGGCUGAGCUCGACCAAGCUUCUGGCGAUUACCGCCACGCUUUACUACACCACGAUCCCACCGGACACACGGCUUCCUUUGGAAGAAGUGCAGCCCCUUACUCGUGCGAAGAUGAACGUUUCCACCCCGAUGAAUCAGCCGCAGUCGCCCGCAUGGAAUAUUUGGAAGACAUUGAACCCCAACGAGACGACAUUGUACUUGCGCAUCGAAGAGCCGACUGUCCUCACGUUCCGUUCGGAGCACAGCCCUGCCGAUCACAAGGCCCUCAAGUCGAAGAUGUCGAUGCGCACCUUCCGAGCCAUCUUUUGGACGUUCAAAAUCGUAGUGGCACCGAUCGCAGCGUCGACUGGUCUGCUCUAUGGACUGUUGCUCUAUCUAUUGAAGGAUGCGGAGCUGCUUGAAGCCCAAAGGAACCGACCAGACGGUGAUUCGGUCGAGAAAGAAAUGGAAGAACCGUUGACGUCACAGAUCGCAUUCUCGACUCUUCCACGCGCUUUCAACAGUGACGUAGAGCUGAUGGCGACGAGCCAAGAUGGAAAUGUGGUUGCCUGCGUCGGCCUGAACAACGAAGUCGUCAUCUGGCGCCUACCAAAUCGGAAGCAUAUCGCGAUUGAUGUCACGAAUGUGCUACUGCGGUCUGCAAGCUCGUCCAAGUCGUCGUCGACGCUGACGAGCGUGGCCGUUGACUGCCGGGGCCACUACUGUGCUGUCGGAACGGGUUCUGGGAACAUUGCUGUGUGGAGCAUCGACAGCCGGGGCAUCACCCCCCUUCCGCUUCUGUCUCUGGCGGACUCGUCUGCCGGAGUCGUAAGUCUCCAUUUCCUCACGCCAUCGAAUCGCACAUCGCCCUGCUCGGAGCCUAAUUCACCGCUGGACCGUGAAGCAGCGGUGACGUUAUUGGCCACCUACGAGAACGGGAUCGCUGCCUGCUGGAAGCUAGGGAUCGAUCCCAGUGUGACUUAUCAUCUUCCGACGAAGCGCGGGAUAGCUCUGAUCCACGUGACGCUGCUGCGAGUAGGACAAGACGUGCUGCUUGGCUUCAGUAUGGCAGAUGGGACAUUGGAGUUGGUCGAGGUGCAGGUGUCGAGGCCCCUCGUUCUCCCCGACCAUCCGAUUGCUGCCGGGAAUCCUGCAGAUCUGGUUUCCGCUGCCGAUGCAUGUCUGGUGGAUCUUUGCGGGACCACUCGGCUGGUUGUCGCUGUUACGACCGAAUCGGGGAUAGUCUCGUUGUGGGAUGGUGGGUCGGGCGAGAUGAUUCGUCUGUUGGACGGGUCGCAUGGUCGGAUCAACCGUCUGCGCGUCUCUCCUGUUUCGUUGGCCCUGUGUUCAUCGUGCGGAAAGCUGCCGUUCGAUGGCUGUCUCCUCGCCUGCUCUGCCGAUCAGGUGGUGACUAUCUUCCGUUUGUAUAUGACGGACCAGCCGAGACGAUGUUCGUGCAACCUCCAUUUUCCGAGACGCGUUCCUUCGUGGGACAGCAGUCUCGGUCGACGGUCAAGGGGACCCUCGCCCAACGGAUCGCCGUCUAUCCCGCGAGCCAAAUUGAGCGCGAUGUUCGAGGCACCGCAGUUCCCGGUGUCUGGCCACGGUGUGCAUUCUCGCCGGGCAUCUGAGAAGGAAGCGGCGGGGCGGCGCUCGCUCGAGACGGACGGCGACGAUCUGCUCAGUCCGAUUGACGGCCGGAUGUCAUCUGUUUGGCUGAAUGCUCUGGUUGUGCCUGUGUCGGAGAUGACCUGUGACCGGGGGGCAUGGGACCUAUGGAACCGUCGGGUUGUUGGAGUGAGGAGACGUCCGAGGGAAGGGAGUACAACCACAGGAAAACCAAACGACGAAUCCGGCUUGUCUCCUGCGACGCUUGAACGCUGGGAGGUCUGGCUCUGUGACGUGUCUGGCACGCGAUCGCAGAGCUCUUCCCUGGCCGCAUUGAAGCAGGAUCGGGUCUCAGAGUCAGUGGCCGCAGUGCCUCGGCUUCCAUUUACGCGCGUUGCGCCGCUGGUCGUGGUCAGCCAACGCGCGGUGGCGGGCUUUGGAAACACUGUUGGCGUGUUUGAUCUCACGUUAUAA